UUUCUCCGCUCGAGGAAGGUUCCUACACUUGAGCCAUGGCUGAGCAGCCGCUUCUUAUCGGCCUCUGUGACGGAGAGCUGGACCCCAGGAAAUACCGCUCCACAUUUCUGACAAACAAAGUCGGGGGUAAACCGGACUGGUCGUCGGCUGUCACCCGGCAGUCGCCCUGCUGUCGUCUUUGUAGCGCCCCGCUAGCCCAUGUGGUGCAGGUGUACUGCCCCCUCCAGGACUCUCCCUACCACCGGAACCUCCACCUGUUCGCCUGCUGCCAGCCUGGCUGCAGCGGGAUGUCCGCCAGCUGGACGGUCCUCCGCUCCCAGUGUGCGGAGGCUCCCACGCAGUCCUCCACGCCACAGGUAGUUGUUCCGUCGGCCACAGAUUGGUGUGAGUUCGCUGAUGACUGGGGAAUGGAGAGGGAGGAAGAUGAUCCUGGAUGCAGGGGAGGUGAUGAUCAUCAGAAACAGUCUGGAGAUCUACCAACAGAAGUGAGUCCAGCAGUCUGCCCCAUGGAUGUCAGCUCCGGUCUUCAGCAACUCAGUCUGGUAGAAUUUGAAGACGUCCCUGUCUUCCGUCCAUUCUUCAUCAGUGUGGUGGAGGAGUCAGAACUGUGUGAGGAGGACGAUCAGCUGGAGCAUGCGCAGGAGCUUCUGAGGGAGUAUGAGAGGAGGGAGGGCGCAGCAGUGUGGGAGGCGGAGGAGGGAGGUGAUGGUGGAGGAGAGAUGUAUGAAAAGGCUGGAGCCAGACACGGAGAUGCUGUUUUCUUUAGGUUCAUGAAGGCAGUUUCGUUGUGUCCGCAGCAGAUCCUGCGCUACUGUCGCCACAGUAAUCCACUCUUCAUCUGCAAGCCGCCCUCCAAAGUGAGUCAGGCGGUUCCAGCAUGCGGCUCCUGUGGAGAACCCAGGACCUUUGAGCUGCAGCUGAUGCCUGCUCUGGUCAGUCUGCUGCAGAGGACAGACAGCAGCCCAGAGGACGAACUGGAAUUUGGGACUGUGUUGGUUUAUACUUGCACUAGCAGCUGCUGGGCUGCAGGAACAAACUGCCCAGUGGAGGAGUUCUGCUUUGUUCAGCCAGACCCAGAUCAGCAGCUCUUUAAAUGAUGGAGAUUAUCAAUCUAAUCAUCGCUUUUUACAUUAAAAAUGGAUGAAAGAAGUAUAAAUAAACAUCCACCCAUCCAUUAUUAUGCACACUUAUUGUCCCUAGUGGGGUCAGCAGGGGUGUUGGUGCCUAUUGAGAGGUGGGGUCACCCUGGACCGGUCACCAGUCCAUCACAGAUACAUAAACAUGGGAGGAUAUUCAUAUUCUUCCAUUGUAACCCCAUUUACAGUUUUUCUGCAAAUGUCCUGUAGUAAUCAGAUUGGUUAUGUUGAUGCCAAGUGAGCGCCUGACAGGUCUACUUAAAUCUGUCAUGUACGUGAUGCAUUCACAUUGAUAUGCAUUCUCCCCUUUAUCAAAUAAAUAAAUUAAUAUUUGUUGACAGUGUUGGCACAAUUAUUAGCUCAGUCUUAUUACCUUAUAUCAAAUUGUCUUUUUUAAACUUUGCAUCAUGUUGUGUUAUUUCCUCAUCAUAAACAUACAUGGAGUGUUGCUUUCAUUCUUUCAUGCAUGUUUGAGAACUCGCCGCCUUCCACACGCAGCUCCUCCUCAGAGCUGCAGUUUCCAAGUUGAGCAUCACAGAGCAUCCUUCGUCCCGCCACUCAGCUCCUUCAAACUAGCAGCAGCAAUUAGAAAAUAUCUGGUGGAACAUCUGUUGACCGUAUGAUAUGAACUAUGAACUAUCCAGGCCUCCAACAAACAUUUGUACAUGUGUAUUAUUGGAAUGACUAUAUGCUAAAUAUGGAGAGUUGCCUAAAAAUGAUUUUGUCAAGAUACCCACUUGCACACAAAUAAAGUGGACAGAAUGCACAGGACAAAGGGAAACACGGCGACUAACAAAACAGAAAAUGAGCAGGAAAACGCAAAAGAGUUCUUAGCUAAAGCCAAAUAAUUACUUUUUUUAAAAAAUUAUAUGUCAAAAUCAUAUUU